GUUUGUGUGUGUGUGGCUCUUGUGCAGGUGGAUCUAGUGAAGAACAUCAGUAAGAUCCCUCAGCCAUUUCUCUACACAAGACAUGUUCACUUCAUGAAUUUCACCAGGUUCCGGAUAGAGCAGCCUGUAUACAUCAACAUAAUCCGGGAUCCUAUAAGCCGGUUCCUCUCCAACUAUUUCUUCCGUCGCUUUGGUGAUUGGAGAGGGGAGCAGAACCACCUCAUCCGAACGCCAGGGAUGAAAGAUGAUGAGCGAUACCUUGAUAUAAAUGUGUGCAUUCUCGAGAAUUACCCUGAGUGCUCCAAUCCUCGAGUUUUCUACAUCAUUCCCUAUUUCUGUGGACAACAUCCUAAGUGCAGAGAACCUGGAGUGUGGGCUUUGGAGAGGGCCAAGCAGAAUGUGCUGGAGAACUACCUCCUUGUGGGGAUCUUGGAGGAGCUGGAGGAUGUUCUGCUUAUGCUGGAGAGACUCUUACCCCAUUACUUUUCUGGAGUACUUGACAUUUAUAAGAGUCCAGAAUAUCGAAAAAUGGGAAACCUGACCGGCACGGUCAGAAAACAUACCCCUACGCUCGAGGCCCUGCAGGUGUUGUAUCACCGCAUGCGCUACGAGUACGAGUUCUAUGACUUCAUCCGUGAUCAGUUUCACCUCAUGAAGAAGAAAAUUGGCCUGAGAUCCACCUCUCGCCCGCCGGUCUACCCGCCAGAUUUCUUACGUGAACUGGCCCUUCGAACACCUGAACCUUUAGAUGAAGAUGAAGAGCUAGACUCAGACCUGGAGGAUGCCAACAGCUGGCUGGUUCAUCCCUGAAGAAAGCGUAAACAGUGGAUAAAGCCAAACAAUAGAGUCGACUAAAACUGGCUAAAGAAAGCUUGAGAAACCCACAGGAAUAGUGGCAGUAUGUCCCAUCUUUUGGAUGUUGGCACCUUUACUUUGGAGAGUUCGGUUUUUCGUCUUCAAGCUCUUAUGAUGAAAGACCCAGCACUUUGGACUUACGCAACUGAAAGAAACAAAAAUGAUCUAUUUAAGAACUGGACAAGGACAGAUGAAAAUAAUUACAGGCUCAAGUUAUUUCAUAAUUGAUUUUACUGGAGCUUGUUAUGAGGGUUUUAUGAUCUUAACUGUUAUAAUCUCCAGGAGAGAUUAGAGGGCAAUUUAAUGUGUUGGGAUAUACACUAAAUGUUGAAGAGGAUUUCAGAGACAUUUCCAGUCAGACUUUUAUUUUAUAAAAGUGCUGAUUUAAUUUUAAAAAAUGACUUGGAGGGGGGGAAGGGGGAGUGCCAAAAGUAUUAUAUGUAUAUUAGUUGUGCAGGACUGUUAUAAGUGCCAAAUCUCAUUAGGAUGUCCAGUAACUGUGAGACAGGAAGCUUUGGGAUCACAGUUGGUAACAGUUGCAUUAAGUUAAGUCAGUUGUUAUACGAUGUUUAUAACAUUUUAAGGAAUUGUCAAAUGUUGUAAGGUAUGAAUGAGGGUUAAACCAAACACAUCUAUUAUGAAUUCAGAGAAUUCCACCUAGAUGUACAUGAAUGACUGAGUUUGACCUUGCCAACAGAGUAAUUUAGAAUAGUUUUGGGAAAUACAAUUCUUUUAGAGUAUGUCAGGGGUAUGAGUUACAUGCUAAAAGCAUUAGGGUGCCUCAUUUGUAAUCCAAAGGUGAAAAGAAAUCAGAGUUUACCAAAUAACUAUUCUGCUGUGAUGCUUUUUUAAACUGUAUAAAUAUCCUGCAGGGUUUUUUAUUUUGUGAAAUAAUGCUUUGUGAACAUCUGCAGCAAAAUGAGGGAUUUGAUCACAACUGGAUAGCAUUUUGCCUUUUAUUUUGACUUGGUUAUGAAUGAUAUUUGCUUGCAAGGUAUGGAAGUGUUUGUGAUCUUUUGUGUUUUAGAGAGUACUGAAUUCUUAAAGUGAUGUUCUUUAAAAGAUUAUAAGCAGUUAAUAUCUCACCCUCAGUAAAACUCUACAUAUCUUCAUUUAGAGUUUUUUGGAUUUGCUGUCACUACAUGCAAAGGCUAAGCAGAAACUGUCAAGCACCAAAGGAUUUUAUGGCAACUGACAUCUCAAUAACAUUAAACAAGUUUCUUUUUUGUUUUUUUAGAUCACUUGAGAAACCCUAAACUAUCAUUAGGUUUGCUUGACUUUUGUUGUUUACAGAGGAGCUGAUAAUUAUUGAGAUAAUGAAGCUCAGAGAUGUUGCAUCACCAAUAAUGUUCCUGUAUCAAGCAAGUACUUAGAUCACAGUUGGCCACAUUUCCAGACAACUUGUAUAAAAGAAGAUUUAAUGAAUGUAAGAAGCAAAAGUCUCCAUUCUGAUUUACAAACUUUUGUAACGCUUUAUUUUUCUAUGUGACAGAUGUUUCACACAGGUAAAUAUUACUAGUGCUUCAGCUCCGAUGCUAACUAUUUUGCUUAUAGUAAAUAAAGACACCCAACAAAAGCUGUUAACUGCUUAGGAUCUUUGAAAAGAGCCACAUUAAAAAAUUGAACUUGAGUUAUCUGUUUAUGUCAACUCACAGUAACUAUUUUUUUAUCUUUUUUUUUUUUUAAUCACUUCUAGCUACUGGUAGAAGUAGCAUAAAACCCACAUAGCCAUAAGCUAACAUGUCAACUACAGACUUAAUCAACUCCUCAUAACCUGUCCUCUUGGUAUUGUUGCAUUUAUGUUCUAAGUGUUUUAUUUCAUAUCAAUUUAAUUUAUUAUUUUGUAAUCAUUUGCAUUCAAGAUAAAAUUCUCAGGAAGGAAAACAGUGUUUAGUGUGUAUCAUGUUUCUCAAAGUGAUGAGACUACACAUGCCAUUUCAAUGUGUCUACAGUGGGAAACUGGUUCAUAAUAAAUUCAUUUCAUCAUUUAAGGCCUUUGAGAUAAA